AGCGUAGGCUCCCCGCCUACUGAACGUCUCUGACCUGUGACCUUCCUCUAAGGUCCUUCGCUCUGCGCCUGCGCAGAACACUCGCCGUGAGCGCAGUAGAGCCAAGAUGGCUGCGGUAGUGGAGAAUGUUGUCAAGCUGUUGGGUGAGCAGUGUUACAGGGACGCUAUGGAGCAGUGUCAUAACUAUAAUGCCCGUCUGUGUGCAGAGAGGAGUGUGAGGAUGCCCUACCUCGACUCUCAGACAGGUGUCGCCCAAAGCAACUGCUACUUCUGGAUGGAGAAAAGGCACAGAGGACCAGGAAUGGCUCCAGGUCAACUGUACACAUACCCAGCACGUCGCUGGAGAAAGAAGAGGAGAGCUCACCCUACAGAGGACUCUCAGAUGGCUUUCCCUUCUCUAAAGUCUGAGCUGGAUCUGGGACUUAAGAAGGAGGUUUUCUCCAGUGAUGUCAGCAGUUUAGAGGCCCUUCUGAAAGGAGAGCCGAUAGAUAAGAGAUCCGGAUUGGAGCUCCGCUCAGGGGAGGAGGAGUCCAGCUCAACUGAGUACUCCACUGGGGGACCAAACUCCACUGCCAGGGUCCGCAAGAGAGUUUUGGAACCAGAUGAUUUUUUAGAUGAUCUGGAUGAUGAGGAUUAUGAAGAAGAUACCCCGAAGAGACGGGGAAAAGGAAAAGGCAAGGGUCGCGGUGUUAGCAGUGCCCGGAAGAAGUUAGAAGCAGCAGCUGCACUGGAAGAUCGAGACAAACCGUACUCCUGUGAUAACACUUUCAAACAAAAGCAUAUUUCAAAAUCUUCCGAAAGAGUUUGUGGAAAGCGCUAUAAGAACAGGCCUGGUCUCAGUUAUCAUUACGCACACUCUCACUUGGCUGAAGAAGAGGGGGAGGAGAAAGAGGAGAUGGACAUUCGGGAACCGACUCCGCCCCAGCAAGACGAACCGAAGACUCCUAAGAAAGGUCCAGAUGGUUUGGCUCUACCGAACAACUACUGUGAUUUCUGUUUGGGAGAUUCUAACAUGAACCAGAAAACCGGUCAAUCAGAGGAGCUUGUGUCCUGCUCCGACUGUGGUCGUUCUGGUCACCCCUCAUGUCUGCAGUUCACUCCUGUGAUGAUGGCUGCUGUAAAAACAUAUCGCUGGCAGUGCAUCGAAUGCAAAUGCUGUAACGUGUGUGGAACAUCAGAAAAUGAUGACCAGCUGUUGUUCUGUGAUGACUGUGACCGAGGUUACCACAUGUAUUGUCUCUCGCCCCCAAUGUCUGAACCUCCUGAAGGAAGUUGGAGUUGUCAUCUAUGUUUGGACCUCCUGAAAGAGAAAGCCUCUAUAUACCAGAAUCAGAAUACACCCCCCUCGUGAUGAUCUGUUUGGAAAAACCCUUUCAUUCACGGUUCCUUCUCACACUUGCUCGUUCAAUUAAGCAAAAUGAGGUUGAGCAGACGUUUUUGGGGGAACGGAAAAGGAACGCCAACCUCGACCUUCUUCAUAGCUACUAACAGAGGGAGAGAAAAAGAGAGUGAGAGAGGAUUUAUUUUUUCUUGUGUCACAUCUCGGCAGGUUUGAUCCCAGUAUGACUGUUACACAGUUUCAAGUUUCAAACUACCCCUGCUCUUUGUUUUCAACUAUAAGACCCCCAACAAUAAAUAAAUAUCCAGUAGUAUACACCUGAAUGUUAAUUCUCCUGUCCCUUUUUAAAGUUCAUACUUGGAGGAAGUCAGUAUGAGAAUAUAUGAUUCUGUUUUUGAGUUUCUGCUCAUAUAAGACCUAUUUCUGCAAAAACAUGAUUAAACCGCAGCUUAUAUCAGCCAAAAUAACUCAUAAUAACUGUCAUACUCGCAAUAUUCAAUGUACCGACAUUCUCACAGAGGAAUAGUUGAAACCAAUCAGCAUGCCAAUGCUUGUUCAUUAUAAACAAACGUGUUUUUGUAUAUUUAUAAAUUUGUAUAGCAUAUAUAGGCGUGUUGAAUUUAAGAUCUAUAAACUUAAACUAUAGAAAUGAUUCAGUAUAAUGGGAUUUGUUUCUUAAUAGCCUCUAAUCUGCACUAGCCACUGAGAUACUGAAUCUAGGGGUCAGUGCGUGAGCUCAGAGUAGUUUUUUUUUUCAUUAUUAUUAUUUUAGGAUACUGUUAUGAUGUUCAGAGAAUGCUUCAAACAGACCUGAAAAAAGGCCAGAAACAAUCAAUAGCAACCAACUAUUAAAAUGUAUUUGUGUGAGCACAUUAUCAGAACAGUGCACACUUCAUAGAGCAGUAUGUUAAUGGUGUGAGGAAUCUCACAGACUAAACAUUCUAUGCCAUCAUUUUCAUGUUUACUGUCAUGACUUUCCAUGGUUACAGCCAAAAGAGCAUUUCACUUAUAUUUAUUCAUUUUCAAAUAAAAUUGAAUUGCCAAUCGCCAGUUUGUAGUGAACAUCGAGCAAUAAAUCAUUGUAGGUUAGGAUUGUAUCUUCUAAAGGCAAAUACAUGACCUACUGGAUUCACUCAAAAUCUGAAAGCUCUCCCCCAAACUGAAGCUCUUCUUUGGUUAACGCAUUGUAUGUUUUAGACGGAUUUAUGUAUUUUCCACAUUCACAAAAUACACAUGACUUUGUGAGCAUCACAUGAGUUAUGUGGUAAAUUCCAUUCAUUAUGCUUUAUUUUUGAGGCUUCCUUACAGAAAAAGCGCAUAAAUUGCACAUUUUUCACAUGUGAUCACGUUAUCACAUGACAUUUCAGUGCUUUAGCUGUAAGGAGUGUUGGCUUCUUUAAUCUGAGGUUUGAGAGAUCUUUUUUGAAAACAGAUGUGCAUUAUUUAACUUUAAAGCAAAUGUAAAAGCCAUCCCUUUUCUUUAAAUAACUUUAGGCCUUAAAAUAUGGGAUUAUCCCUGGAGAGGACAAUCAGGUUCUUUGAUCAAGACAAUAACAAUAUACAAUGUGCUAAAGGCAAAUUUAUGACCCACCCUAAAGCCAGCUAGCCCAAACAUCCUUUUGUUUAAAGAAUAAAUCCUCUGUGGUCCAUCCAGCUGUCUCCUUCAGCCCUGUUUUGUGUAAAUGAAUACUGAAUUAAGAAAUUAAUUGACCUGAUAUUAAUUCUGUGUUCUCUGUAAAUCUUCACGUCCACAACGGUUCAGGCUUAUAUCCGAUAAUAGAAAUGACUACAUUAUUGCUCACAGCACUCAUAACAUGUACAGGAUCUUUUGUUUUAUUGUACAUUCUCAGUUAGCUGCAUGUUUAAUUUACGGUACAUUUAUACAGUACAUAGCACUCUAGCUUCCACUCUCACAGUAACGGCUAGUAACAAUUUAACUUAAUAAUUUAACUUGAUGGUAUCUGCCAACUAACUCUUGUUAAAAUAAUUAGGAAGUGUAACACUUUUCCUUGAUGUUUUUAAAACUGUUUAUAUAGAGAGAACUGGCCAUUUGAUUUUUUUAACUUUGUGUUAUUUGAAAAGAUUGUUUCUGGCUUAGAUUGUGGGUUUUAUUUUAUUUAUGGCAUUUGGUGUAUGGUACAUUUUUGUGUCCUUUUUUCCAAGAAAAAUAAAACUGUCACCGACCACA